GCCACCAACUGAAUUCGUGUUGCCAAUGCGGAUACAAACGCUGGAUCAUUCUCAUUUUAGCAAUUAUUGAAUUAUUUUGGUUCAGUGGAUAUCACUAUGGCUACAAUGCGCUGGUUCCGGUAUACGAGGAUUUAGGAGUAUUUAUCUCACGAUGCCAGCCGAAUGAGGUAAAAUGCCCUGCUCAAGAAGCUAUGUUCAAUGAUGCAUUUAUCGUCUGGAUUGCUUUGCAAAUGCUUCUUGUCACAGGAACCGGAUACCUCAUGGACCGUAUUGGACUACGUGCACUGAAGUUGAUCGUCACUCUUAUCUACUUUGUUGGUACGCUCAUGUUUGCUUUCACCAGUAGAAACACGAGCACGCUGUUCUUCGUCGCCGGGAUUUUUGUAGCUCCAGCCGCGAUGUCAUCGCUAAUUUGCAACCAUCAGAUCAGCUCACAGUUUCCCAGAUAUCGUGGAUUUGUAGUAUCUCUUUUGUCAGGCGCUUUCGACUCCAGUGGUUUCGUGACGUAUCUCAUUGGACAAACAGCACCCGGAAUUUCCCUGCGGACUUCAUUCGUUGUACUGGCUUGUUGCGCUCUGAUAUACGGAACCGGCAUGGGCCUAUUUGCACUGAAACAAUGGUCUUCAGAAAUGGGUGAGCUUGAAAAGCCGGAGGAAGUUAAAGACGUUCCAGCAAAAGGCGAUGAGUCAGAUACGUCUAGAAAUCUGGACUCAUUGGAUGUCCGAAUUCAGCGGCAUAUGGAAAAGCGCUAUACUUCUUUUGGUAGCUGUAUCAAUUCUUGGCCGUUUGCCUUGGUCACACUUUGGUUUAUGGUGGCUCUACUCCGUUUUUGCUAUUUCCUAACACAAAUGAGCCAACAGUUAGCCUACCUGUUCGGUGAUGACACGCAGACCAUCAACGAGUUACAGUCCAUUUCGGCCGCGUUGCUUAUGUGUGGGUUUCUCAUCUCACCGGUUUCCGGGGUGGUUUUGGACAGUUCAAGAGCCCUUUUUCGUCGGCGUAUGAGCCGCAGCCCAAUGGCUGAUGAUGCUGAAUUGUACUGGAUGAGUCUUCGUGGCAUUGCUCCAGCAUUUCUGGUGUUGGCCGUAGCUGCAGUGAUUGUGAGUGGACUCCUCUUUGUCAAGUCAAAGAUUACGUACUAUAUCGCUUUUGUGUUCUUCGUUCUUUUACGAUCUUUGUUGUUUAGUGCUUCGGUCAACUUUGUACUCACUGCCUUUCCGAUUGAACGUUUUGGCACAGUGAACGGUUUAGUCAACACGAUUGGUGGCAUCUUUAGUUUGCUUCAAUACGGUAUAGUUCGUAUGAGCGCUGUUCCGGGUAAUGCGUUGGUUGCGGCUUUAACAAUUUUACUCUUUAUUUCUCCUUUGGUACUUCUUACCAAAAGCCGUU